AUGGGUAGCUCAGCAACCGGCGGUGCUCCUGCGCCCGCUCCACCAAUCAAGAUUGCUAGGAAGAAGGUCAACGUUGUUGAGGAGUACGCCAAAGUCGAUGUGAAAGAAAGCGCUAACUUUGUCAUUAUCGGUCACGUCGACGCUGGCAAGAGUACUAUGAUGGGUCGCUUACUCUACGACAUCGGGGCUGUCGAUGAAAGAACCAUCCAGAAGUUCAGGAAGGAGAGUGAAAAGAUGGGUAAGGGAUCUUUUGCCCUUGCAUGGGUCAUGGAUUCGACCGACGAAGAGAGAGCAAGGGGCGUAACAGUCGACAUUGCCACGAACCAGUUCGAGACGCCUAAGCGGAAGUUUACUAUUCUUGAUGCACCCGGACACGCAGAUUUUGUGCCCAACAUGAUUGCAGGAGCUGCUCAAGCCGAUUUUGCGGUGUUGGUCAUCGACGCCUCCACUGGUGGAUUUGAGUCCGGGUUCAACGUCCGCGGUCAAACGAAGGAACACGCCCUCCUCGUAAGAAGUUUGGGUGUCCAAAACCUUAUUGUGGCUGUCAACAAGCUUGAUUCCGUCGACUGGAACCACGAGCGUUUCGAGGAAAUUGAGAUGCAAGUUUCCCAGUUCUUGACCAACGCUGGUUUCGACCCUCAGAAUGUCCAGUAUAUUCCUUGCAGUGGUUUGACUGGUGAGAACCUCGUGAAGCGUUCGGCAGAGCCGGCCUUGACCUGGUUCAACGGCCCUACAGUGUUAGGUGCUCUUGAGAGCAUUGCUCCUACCGCGAGAGCGAUCGAGAAGUCUCUGCGUAUUUCUGUCCAAGACGUGUAUAAGGCAGGAGUGACUGGUGGCAGCGUAACCAUUUCCGGAAGGGUGGAUGCCGGUAACGUGCAAGUCGGGGAAACUGUUCACGCUGCGCCCAGCGGUGAACCGGCCACUGUCAAAUCAAUGCAAGUUAAUGACGAUAUCGCUGAUUGGGCUGUUGCUGGAAGCAAUGUUGUCUUGAACCUUAACGACAUUGAUCCCAUGCAUCUCAAGGCUGGUGACAUUCUCUGUGACCCUCUAAACCCCGUACCGACUGUACGAGCCUUCCGUGCGAGAAUCAUCACUUUCGAUCUUGCACGACCAAUAACCAAUGGAGCAACCAUAGUCCUUCACCGUGGUCGUAUCAAUGAAGCCGCCAGGAUUCAAGCACUUGUCGCAACUAUCGAUAGAGCUGAUGGACAGAUCAUCAAGAAGAAACCAAGGCAUCUUGCGAGUGGACAGUCGGCGGUCGUUGAGAUCGCGUUUUUGGGUAAUGGUAUUCCGAUGGAGACUUUCAAGGACAGCAAGGAUUUGGGACGAGUUAUUCUGAGGACAGGAGGCGAUACUAUUGCUGCAGGCAUUGUAGAUGAGUUAUUUUAG